GGGGUCCAAUGGGUGCCGGCUCCCGAGGAGAGGGCGGGGGAGAGGAGGAAGGAGGCUGACUCUGGGCCCCGGCCCCAUUCAUUGCCGCGGCCGGCACGGCUGGGGUCUUGUGUGUUACGAGUUAUGGAGGCGCUAAUUCCUGUUAUUAACAAACUCCAGGACGUUUUCAACACGGUGGGCGCCGACAUCAUCCAGCUGCCUCAGAUCGUGGUGGUGGGAACGCAGAGCAGUGGAAAGAGCUCAGUGCUAGAAAGCCUAGUGGGGAGGGACCUGCUUCCCAGAGGCACUGGUAUUGUCACCCGGAGACCUCUCAUUCUGCAGCUAGUCCAUGUUUCACCUGAAGAUAAACGAAAGACAACAGGAGAAGAAAAUGACCCUGCUACAUGGAAAAACUCAAGACACCUUUCUAAAGCAAGUGCAAGAGGAACAGACCUAUUAUUGGAAACCACUGGGGUUGAAGCAGAAGAAUGGGGUAAAUUUCUUCACACCAAAAAUAAGCUUUACACAGAUUUUGAUGAAAUUCGACAAGAAAUUGAAAAUGAAACAGAAAGGAUUUCAGGAAAUAAUAAGGGAGUAAGCCCUGAACCAAUUCAUCUUAAGAUUUUUUCACCCAAUGUUGUCAAUCUGACACUUGUGGAUUUGCCAGGAAUGACCAAGGUGCCUGUAGGUGAUCAACCUAAAGAUAUUGAGCUUCAAAUCAGAGAGCUCAUUCUUCGGUUCAUCAGUAAUCCAAAUUCCAUUAUCCUCGCUGUCACUGCUGCUAAUACAGAUAUGGCAACAUCAGAGGCACUUAAAAUUUCAAGAGAGGUAGAUCCAGAUGGUCGCAGAACCCUAGCUGUAAUCACCAAACUUGAUCUCAUGGAUGCAGGUACUGAUGCCAUGGAUGUAUUGAUGGGAAGGGUUAUACCGGUCAAACUGGGAAUAAUUGGAGUAGUUAACAGGAGUCAGCUAGAUAUUAACAAUAAGAAGAGUGUAAUUGAUUCAAUCCGCGAUGAAUAUGCUUUCCUUCAAAAGAAAUACCCAUCUCUGGCUAAUAGAAAUGGAACAAAGUAUCUUGCCCGGACUUUAAACAGGUUACUGAUGCAUCACAUCAGAGAUUGCUUACCAGAGUUGAAAACGAGAAUAAAUGUUCUAGCUGCUCAAUAUCAGUCUCUUCUAAAUAGCUAUGGUGAACCUGUGGAUGAUAAAAGUGCUACUUUACUCCAGCUUAUUACCAAAUUUGCCACAGAAUAUUGUAAUACUAUUGAAGGAACUGCAAAAUAUAUUGAAACUUCAGAGCUAUGUGGUGGUGCUCGAAUAUGUUAUAUUUUCCAUGAGACUUUUGGGCGAACCUUAGAAUCUGUUGACCCUCUCGGUGGCCUUAACACUAUUGACAUUUUGACUGCCAUUAGAAAUGCAACUGGUCCUCGUCCUGCUUUGUUUGUGCCUGAAGUUUCAUUUGAGUUAUUGGUCAAACGGCAGAUCAAACGUCUGGAAGAGCCCAGCCUCCGUUGUGUGGAACUGGUUCAUGAAGAAAUGCAAAGGAUCAUUCAGCACUGUAGCAAUUACAGUACACAGGAGUUGUUGCGGUUCCCUAAACUUCAUGAUGCCAUAGUUGAGGUAGUGACUUGUCUUCUUCGUAAACGGUUGCCUGUUACAAAUGAAAUGGUCCAUAACUUAGUGGCAAUUGAAUUGGCUUAUAUCAACACAAAACAUCCAGACUUUGCUGAUGCUUGUGGGUUAAUGAACAACAAUAUAGAGGAACAAAGGAGAAACAGGCUAGCAAGAGAAUUGCCUUCAGCUGUAUCACGAGACAAGUCUUCUAAAGUUCCAAGUGCUUUGGCACCUGCCUCCCAGGAGCCCUCCCCUGCUGCUUCUGCUGAGGCUGAUGGCAAGUUAAUUCAGGAGAGCAGAAGAGAAACUAAAAAUGUUGCAUCUGGAGGUGGUGGGGUUGGAGAUGCUGUUCAAGAACCAACAACAGGCAACUGGAGAGGAAUGCUGAAAACUUCAAAAGCUGAGGAGUUACUAGCUGAGGAAAAAUCAAAACCAAUUCCAAUUAUGCCAGCCAGUCCACAAAAAGGCCAUGCUGUGAAUUUGCUGGAUGUGCCAGUUCCUGUUGCACGAAAACUAUCUGCCCGUGAACAGCGAGACUGUGAAGUUAUUGAACGACUCAUCAAAUCAUAUUUUCUUAUUGUCAGAAAGAAUAUUCAAGACAGUGUGCCAAAGGCAGUAAUGCAUUUUUUGGUUAAUCAUGUGAAAGAUACUCUUCAGAGUGAGUUAGUAGGACAGCUAUAUAAAUCAUCCUUACUGGAUGAUCUUCUGACUGAAUCCGAGGACAUGGCACAGCGUAGGAAAGAAGCAGCUGAUAUGCUAAAGGCAUUACAAGGAGCCAGUCAAAUUAUUGCUGAAAUCCGAGAGACUCAUCUUUGGUGAAGAGAACUAUGUAAUCCUGAGAUUUUGUUGACUUGUUAGUCCUGCCUACUUGAGUAGAAUUUUAUUUAUGAACUCCUGUGUCUUGCAGUGAUAUGAAUCUGCUCAUGUGAAGACUGGCUAUAAAAUGAAAAUUGUACUCUGUAUUCCAGAACAAAUCACACAUUUAAUCCAAAUAAUAAAUGGCUAUUUCUAAAA